AUGGGCAACAAAGUUGUGACCUUCACGGAACAACAACUGGAGGAUUAUCAGGACUGUACGUUCUUCACGCGAAAAGAAAUACUUAGGGUGUUUAAGAGGUUCAGAGAAGUGAACCCAGAACUGGUGCCGAAAAGUAUGACGGAUAACGAAGCUCACACAAUCGCAGUCCCCGUAGAUCAAAUAGAAAAAUUACCAGAAUUAAAGGAAAACCCGUUCAAGCGCCGCAUCUGCCAGGUAUUUUCCCACGACGGUUCCGGCAACCUUACAUUUGAGGAUUUCUUGGAUAUGAUGUCGGUAUUCAGUGAGGCGGCUCCGCGGGAUAUCAAAGCUUGGUACGCGUUCCGAAUUUACGAUCUGGACGACGACACGUAUAUCGGCCGAGAGGACCUUCUAGAAGCUACCCAGUUACUAACUAAGGGCGAGCUGCAGCAGCACGAGAGAGAGGAGAUAGUCGCCAGCGUGCUGGAUGAAGCGGACGUGGAUGGUGAUGGCAGACUGUCGUUUAUGGACUUCGAACAUGUAGUUGUGAGAGCGCCGGACUUUUUGUCUACUUUUCAUAUAAGAGUGUAA